AUGUUUCCCAAAGGCUUUCCUGGGCGCUCGGUCCUGGUGCAAAGCUGCCAGCCCGCCUGGGGCGCGCGCCGCCAGAGCCCCGGGCAUCCCGGCGAGCCAGGCCGAGGCGCGGCCACCCUGUCCACGCCCGGGCCGCGUCCCUUCCACGAGAUCCCGUCCCCGGGGGACAAUGGCUGGCUGAACCUAUUCCACUUCUGGAGGGAGGAAGGCGCCCAGCGCAUCCACCACCACCACGUGCGAAGCUUCCAGAAGUAUGGCACCAUCUAUAGGGAGAAGCUGGGGAACGUAGAGUCUGUGUAUAUCAUGGACCCCGAGGACGUGGCGGUGCUGUUUAAGGGGGAAGGGCGUCACCCGGAGCGCUACCUCAUCCCGCCCUGGGUGGCCUAUCACCAGUGCUACCAGAAACCCACCGGCGUGCUGCUGAAGAAGUCGGAGGCCUGGAAGACAGACCGCAUGGUCCUGAACCAGGAGGUGAUGUCUCCGGAGGCCAUCAGGAACUUCGUGCCCAUGAUGGAGGCCGUGUCUCAGGACUUUGUCAGACUGCUGAACAGACGCGUGAAGCAGCAGCGCUCCGGAACCUUCUCAGGGGACCUCAGUCACGACUUGUUCCGCUUUGCCUUCGAGUCGAUCACCUCCGUCAUAUUCGGGGAGCGGCUGGGCAUGCUGGAGGAGAUGGUCGACCCGGACAACCAGAGGUUCAUCGACGCCAUUGAACACAUGUUCCACAGCAGCGUGCCCAUGCUGCACCUGCCGCCCGGCCUCUUCCGCGUCCUCCGCACCAAGAUCUGGAAGGAUCACAAGGAUGCCUGGGACACGAUCUUCAACAAAGCCAGCAACUACACUCAGAACUUCUACCUGGACCUGAGACGGAGAAGGAAGGUGGACAGGUACCCAGGCGUGCUCUACAGCCUCCUGGAGCAGAACAAGCUCCCGCAGGAGAACAUCGAGGCCAACGUCACGGAGAUGCUGGCGGGGGGCGUGGACACGACCUCCAUAACGCUGCAGUGGCACCUGUACGAGAUGGGGCGGCACCCGAAGGUGCAGGAGCAGCUGCGGAGAGAGGUGCUGGCCGCGCGGCGCCAGGCCGGGGGCAGCAUGGCCGCCAUGCUCCACCGGGUCCCGCUCCUCAAAGCCAGCAUCAAGGAGACGCUGAGGCUGCACCCCAUCUCUGUGACGGUGCAGAGAUACCCGGAGAACGACUUAGUGCUCCAGAACUACAAGAUCCCUGCCAAGACGCUGGUGCAGGUGGCCAACUACGCCAUGGGCCGGGAUCCCAGCGUCUUCCCCAACCCCAGCAACUUCCAGCCCGCGCGCUGGCUGGAGAAAGACAAGGCGGCCACGCACUUCCGGUUCCUCAGCUUCGGCUGGGGCGUGCGCCAGUGCCUGGGCCGCAGGAUCGCAGAGCUGGAGAUGACCGUGCUGCUCAUGCACGUGCUGGAGAACUUCCGCAUCGAACUGCAGCAGCUCAGCGAGGUGGGGACCAAAUUCAGCCUCAUCCUGGUGCCGGACAAGCCCAUCCUCCUCACCCUCCUGCCCCUCGCCCCAGCCCCGGCCCCGCCAGCACUGCCGAUCGCCCAUGGGGACCCCUGA